AGUCAUAGCCAAUGCUGCUUGUGGCAUCUCCAGCAUCAUUGUGCAGUGAUCACUUCGUGAAAGCAGGUAAGGUAUCAGUACCUGUAUUAGAGAAGGUACCUCCACUAGAUAACAGCAAGAAGAAAAAGAACAUGCACAAAUAGCAAUGGCAGACCUUGCUUUUCCACCAGACUUGAGCUUCCCAUUCAGUAAGUAUCAUUCUCCAGAUUAUAUAGGAUUCCUUCCACUGUUUUAACCUCUGCUUACCAAAGCACGACCUUAAACGUGGCAGCGUUUUCUCAACGACUUAGCCUGUCGACCCCAACCCAAGUAAACCUCCCUCCGCUGCGCUCUUCAACAGGAAUCAACUCCAAAGUGUUUUGCCUAUAUGUUGAAGGUAUAUUUAUCUCAACAAUUCUCUCAGUUCCUUGGGAACUGUGCGCUUGGGGAUCCCAGCUCAGGGAAGCUUAUUUCAAUGCUGGACUUGUGAAGAAAAUGUGCUGCAGCAAACGACUGGAGCGCGCAGGCUGCCAGGGAAAUGCGCUGCGGUCCAGAGAGGCAACCAGCCGUGUGCAGGGCUGCGCGGGAGGCUGCAGCUGCUGACAGGCUCGGUGCAGUGUUUUGGUGACAUCUGAAAAGGCAGACAGAUGUUGGAAGGACAAAGUGACCACACUGAGCAAGGCACAAGAUAAAAUCAAGCAGUCUAGAAACAGCGAGGCGCUCCCUUCCCGUUAUUUGUAAGCUGACAGGAGGGAGACAGACACCUUCUGAAGUUUUAUGCAUGCUGUUUUCUCUCCUUGCUGCAACAAGAAAAGCCUUUCAUUUUAACCUGGCUGUUUUUGAAGAAGUGACUCAGACACCUUCAUGGCCUCUAAAGAUGCACAUACUCCAAAAAGCAGAGGGCUGCCUCGUUUUCUUCCUGGAGCUCCAGACCCAGAGCAAAACCCUAAUCCAGGGAACCCAGAAUGGCAGCCAGGUCUCACUCCACCAAGAAGCUUCUUGCCAACAGUCUGCCUCCCCCCUGGUCUAGAAUAUUUAAGCCAGAAAAGGACGGAAAGGGCCCAUUUGGACCUUGGUUUAUAAGUGCCUCAGGGCUGUUUAAAGGAAACUACAAGAACAACCUAAGUCAAGAUGCUCAAAUCCACGAGGCUUGUCCACAGAGAGAAAUCAAAUCCAAUCCUAUUACAGAGGAUGAGUUAGACCUGAUAAUUAUACACCAGCAGGUGGAGCUUCUGGGAAUGAUACUUGGCACUGAGACUUCUAACAAAUAUGAGAUUAAAAAUGGCUUGGGACAAAGAAUUUACUUUGCAGUGGAAGAAAGCAUUUGCUUCAAUCGUACAUUCUGUUCCACUCUGCGAUCCUGCACCCUGAGAAUCACAGAUAACUCAGGUCGAGAGGUGAUCACAGUAAACAGGCCCUUGAGGUGCAAUAGCUGUUGGUGCCCUUGCUACCUGCAAGAGGUUAGUCUCUGGAUUUUUCUUUUGUUCAAGUUAGAAAUCCAAGUCCCUCCUGGUACUGUAGUUGGUUAUGUUGCUCAGAAGUGGGACCCCUUUCAACCCAAAUUCACAAUACAAAAUGCAAACAAAGAAGAUAUUUUGAAAAUUGUUGGUCCUUGCUCAACAUGUGGCUGUUUUGGAGAUGUGGAUUUUGAGGUGAAAACCAUGAAUGAAAAGCUUACCAUUGGGAAGAUUUCAAAGUACUGGUCAGGAUUUGUAAAUGAUGUCUUCACAAAUGCGGACAACUUUGGCAUCCAUGUUCCUGCAGAUCUAGAUGUGACGGUCAAAGCAGCCAUGAUUGGUGCUUGUUUUCUCUUUGAUUUUAUGUUCUUUGAACAUUCACUAGCUGGAUUGUAACAAGCAAGAUGAUGAAAACAAUAAAAUAUGCAGAAUAUAUUUCAAUAUCCCUUGGGCCCUGGAUUUCAUUUCUGAAUGGUUUGAGUAUUUUCUCUCUUUCUUUUGUAACAAAAUGUUAAUUAUUAUAUUUAUUAAAACAUAAUUUAAUGAGGCAAUUAUCCAGCUGUGAAUGCAUGACAGCUAAAUACACAAUUACUGGCCUGAGCACAAGGUUGCUUUGAGAGAUUACCAUUCUUUCUUUUUAUCCUUUUGAAGUCAUUGCAAUGGUAAGCAUGAAAGAUGAGAACUAAGGCUUUCAGAAACACUGAUGAAAAUUCAAUGUUUAGAGAAUACUUUGAAGUUUUUUCUGGUACUAAGGGUAGUUACUAAUCAAAAGGACUGAAUGUCUAAACUAUUUUUUUCAAAAGUAGUCCUUUUGACUUUGUUUGCUAAUGUUCUUAUUGUAGUGAGCUAUUUUUACUUUAUAUUGGAAAAGUUACAGGUUGAAUAAAUAAUAUGCUUACAGAUGAGGAGGAAAAAGAUGGUAUCAAUCAAUUCUAGGGGCAAGAGACACAGUUAUAUUGCAAAAGGAAGCUCAUAUUUACAAACCGAAGCCUAUGUAAAUAUCUACUCAUGCCAGAGUUUUAAAUAAUCCUAAAAAUAGAUUUCUAAAUUAGCAGAGGCAGUAUUCUCUAACAGGAAUUUUAUCUACUUGCAAGGAAAUUUCAGCCAAUCGUGGGGUCUGAAUCUUUGAAAACGAAAAAUGAACAACUCUAGCCUUUUAAAAAAAGCAAACAAAUAAAAGCCAAACCUAUGAGGCAAAUGUAGAAAUUAGAGAGCAAAGUAUAUUCCAUUUGUCAAUACCUUCUGCUUCUUAAUUCUGUGGAGUUUUUCCAGUUAUUUACCUGCACUGUCCACAAUUUCCAAAGCCCACGCAAGAGGAAAAUUCUUUUUUUAUGAAUGACAACAAUUCUUCUUCCCUUUUUGAAAUGAGGGAACAGAUUUUUUUUUUUAAGCAAAGCUCUACAUUAGAAUUACACAACUAUCCAAAUUUCCAUGCACGUGUGAAAAUGUUUGGAGAACUGUUAAGCAAUCCCCCAGUUCCAACAGGGAACAAAUUCUAAGCAUCUCUUACUAAGAGGAUUGUUUGAAAUUAGGAAGCAGUCAUCUCCUAGAAAUAUAUGUGGCAGGUUUUUAUUUUUUUUGUUUUUCCUAAAUGGUCCAUAACUAUCCAUUUUGUUCCAUGUUCUGAGUUAAGGCCCUUAUGUCGUAUUAAAAUGGAAAGGAACAGAGAGCCUCUUCCUUGUUUUCUGGUUUAAUUACCUAUAGCAUUCUUUUUGGGUGGUCGGUGGGGGGUGUACCACAGAUUGAACUCAGGGCCACUGGACCACUGAGCCACAUCCUCAGCCCUUUUUAUAUUUUAUUUAGAAACAGGAUUUUGCUGAGUUGCUUAGAGUCUUGUGAUGUUCUCAGUCUGGUUUUGAACUCAGGAUCCUCCCACCUUAGCCUGGCAAGUCAGUGGGAUCACAGGAAUGCAUCGGAGGCCAGGCUCCUAGAGCAUCCUUUGUUCUCUCUUUACAUCUUCACCCCUUUCAUGAGCACCCACUCUUGGCAUACAGAAACCGUAAAUUACCUCUCCAUUAACCACAAAAGAUCUUUACCUGGAACAUAAUAGUAUAGAUACUAAUCGAAAAAGGAACCAGGUUUCAGAAACACACAGCGUUUCUCCCAGUCAUAUCAUCCCUGCUUUCAGUGUGACUGGAAUCGGUGUCACCUGCAUGUGGGAGCAACACAGAUAUGGAAGGGAAUCCAAGUUCCAUUUGCAAUGGCGAUCACCUUCAGUCUGGCGCUACUGUUUACUGGCUGGGCAGCCUUCAACCUGUAGUCCUCUGGAAUCUUCUCGGGUUCUCAUGUUACCUUGCAGAGUUGUGGAAAGGGCAGCUCAGUCUAUUUCAAAGAAAGUGUGUCAUUUAUGAUCCCUUAUAACAAGCUAAGGGAAACAGCAUUUUAAAUCUGAUGCAUAUUUACUAAUAAAACGGAGAACAAUUGUUACUAUGGUUUGAAUGUUGGCUCCCUCCAAACCCAUGUUAAAUUUAAUUGCUGUUGUAACCAUAACAAGAGGUUGUGAGGCUCCAGUUUCAUGAGUGGAUUUAAUGCUUAAUAAAACAACUUUCAAGUGCAGGAUAAUUUCCUCCAGCCCCUUCCUGUCUUCUGUAAUGUGAGAAGCAGCAACCCUCCCCUCCAGGGAGCACCAUCUUGGAAGCUGAGACCAGACCCUUUCCAGGCACCUCCUUGGGACUUGAUGGUGAACUUUCUAGGCUCAGAAAUUGAGAGAAAUAAACUCCUGGUCUUUAUAAAUGACCCAGCCUCAAGUAUUCUGCUAUAGCAGCAAAAAUGGACUGAGAGCAUUGCUAACCUUUCCAAGGAUUUAGUACAUGCCAGGUACCAUGCUCUGAGUUUCUGGUGGGAUGUAAAAUUGAAAUGCAAUGAAGGAAACUGGACAAUGUCAAACUUGUGUCCACCUCUGUGCCCUGCACCCCUACUCUGUGUUGCACAUUUUCUUCUUAAAGAUGAUUCUGCUCUCCUA